ACUAGGCAUGCGCGUGGGUUCAUUCAUUGACCUGUCGUGCCGUACUAUAAAUUGACGGGGAUUUCCAAGAUUUUCUCAUUGACUAAUUUGACUCGCUGCUGCACAGGUGGACCUUUUAUUGAAUCAUCGGCUAACUCGAGAUGAAGAGUGAGAUUUGUGAAAACGAAGCGGACAGUGCCACCGGUCUGAGUGAAGUAACGACUUCUGACAUCCAGUCAUGUGGAGAUGCGAAGAAUGAAAAGAUUUUGAUCAAGCUGGAUGAGAGACAUCUUUGGGAAAAGUUCAGGGAUUUUACGAAUGAGAUGAUUGUCACAAAAAGUGGAAGGCGAAUGUUUCCAGUGCUAAAAGUUUCUGCCGCUAAUCUCGACUCCAGUGCCAUGUAUUCAGUUCAACUCGACUUCCAACAGGUGUCUGGACAUAGAUGGAAGUACGUGAAUGGAGACUGGAUCCCUGGAUCCAAGGCUGAGCAACCUGCCCCACAGACCACUUACCUUCACCCAGAUUCUCCGAACUUUGGCUCACAUUGGAUGAAGGACGCCAUUAACUUUUCAAAAGUCAAAUUAACGAAUAAACAUAAUGGAGAUGGCCAGGUGAUGUUAAAUUCCCUACACAAGUACGAGCCGCGAGUCAGAAUAUAUAAAGUUGGACUCAAUGGAGACCAGAAGUUGAUAUCCACCAAAUGCUUUCCAGAGGCACAGUUCGUUGCAGUCACUGCCUAUCAAAAUGAGGAGAUUACGGCCCUGAAGAUCAAAUACAAUCCGUUUGCCAAGGCAUUCCAAGAUGCGAAGGAAAGACCUGAUCAAAGAGACUAUUUUGAGAGUGUUCAAGAGAAUCAACAACAAAAGCACGUUUCACCUUUACCUGGCCCCUGGUUCUUGCCAUCACCCACCAGCGCCUCUCUAGUCCCACCACCAGCUCAUCAGUUCAGAAAUGGCUUUCCGUCCACUAACUGUGAUAGACUCCCAGACCGGUUCGCUCUCCGAGGACACAGAGCUGCUCCCUAUCCCCAUGCUCUUCCAAGGCGGUCUCCUCCUCAUGGUAAUCUUCCACGGGAAGUUGGCCCAAACAUUCCCGUCCUUGACAUCGCCGACAGCUGGCACGUAUCGUCUCCAAGUCAUCACGUCCUCACGACUGGCAGUAGCCCAGCCGUUAUGCAGAAUCAAUAUAUGUGGUCCAUGCCCAGUCUUUCCGACCAGAGUUGUGCAAUGUCCCAUCAGCUUUUCGUCCGUCCCGCCCUGACAUCCGACUUGCCUUUCACAACGACGUCCGCCCCCAUCGUGUCUGCUCAUUCUAUGGACCCUAUUUAUAAUCAAGCCUUUGAAGGACAUUCAGACAUUUCCUACUCGUCAGUUAUUGCUGCAGCCAGAGAGGGCACGAGUAAGUCGCCCUGGAACGUGAUACCGACGACAGCUAUCUGAAAUGUUUAACGGUUUUACUUACCAGCUAUGUGGCAAUUCGGUUAUGUACGAAAAGGCCGAUCCGGUCUUGGAUCUGGAUACGAAGACGACCAAAUCUGAGCUGGUCGUUUGUGACGGACUGGCGUCUCGUCUCAGCAAGGUUUCAUGGUCUGUCCUCGCGGUACCUCCUUAACUCGGGUAUGAAUGUGCAACUCCGUGCAUCGUUUGGGGAAGACUCGGAUAUACUGUUGGAUGUGUCAACACUGAAAUUAACAAUCGGCAACAUUGGCGCUUCAAUGUCGUCUGGAUCCAGGUGUCUCAGGCUAUACGUCCCGCGUCCGCCUCUCGCCACCAGAGGCUGGGACGCAUUUUGGUGGACGAUUGAGGCAGACUUGCCGAUUGUGACCAUACAUACGGGAAGCAAACUUGAUUGUUUUGCUAUUUGUGCAAUAGGGAACAUAAUAUAUUUCAAACGGCCAGUUGGUGUUAGAUACGUAGUUCUCUUGUCAUCUUGU